CAGGCGCCGGGGUGCUGCAAGAUAAGAAUGUUCUCGGGUCCUCGCCGAUGGCAAAGUUAUUUCAUGGAGUUGUCAAACGGAGAAGCCGGUUAGUAGUGGACCAGUGCUCGAUAGAUUGGGCCGCGAAGCACCGAGGAGGCGCAAAAGAAAAAAAUAAUAAAACACACGCGACAAGUAAACAAAAGUCUCUUCUGGUAGCAUGAACUGCAGCGACACUUUGUGUCCAGUGAAACUUUGUGAUUGUUGUGGAGACAAUUUACUUUUUCAUUUUGAUCUUCUCAAUUAAGAUGAAUAAAGCAGUAAUGCGAUUGUCUCUGACUCUGAUGGUAACAGCUAUAGGAGCUUCGGGAGCGAUUAAAUGUCACGUUUGGAGAGAGAUCCUCCCAUGUGAAUGUCCAGUGAGUGUUUCUCAUCCCAGAACGACCAGUAUCACUUGCAAACAGAUGCCGUCUUUUGGUCAAGUAAUUGAAGUUUUGCGGGGUCGAUUUAGCCCACACGAAAGAAUAAAUCUGCGAUUGGAAUGGUCCAACUUGCAUGAUCUACAAUAUCGACAAUUUCGAGAGAUAAAUGGCACCAUCGAAAGCAUAAAGCUCAAUCACGAUUUCGUAGGAUUUCUAGCAGAUAACGCAUUUUUGGGAAUGACCAAAGUGACUUAUGUGAGUUUUGCUGAUACCGCAAUAGACGCAGUACCUGGACAUUUAUGGAAAUACAUGCCAAAUAUACAAACCGCUGAUUUAGGAAGGGCUAAAAUCAAGGAUAUUUUGACGGACAGCUUUGAGGAUUUACAAAACUUGAGAAAUCUGGUACUGUCGGGCAAUCUGAUAGCUAGAAUCGAUAAGAACUCAAUUCCUGCGCAAAUAGAGCGAUUGCACCUAGGCCGCAAUAAAAUCUACAAUCUAAAUAACACCAUAACAGGCUUGCGAAAUCUGCGAUGGAUAUUCCUCAAUACUAACGAAUUUGAGGACCUGGAAGGGCAACUGCCGUACGAGGCUCCAAACCUCAACAUGAUCCAUGCGUCGCAAAACAGACUGAAGAGCAUCCCGCAUCAAUUAUCGGACUAUCCAAGACUAGAGAACCUGUUUUUAAGUCAAAAUGAGAUCACUUCUCUUGAUGGCGCCUUAGCAGGGUGCAGGGAGUUGCAACGACUGGAACUGAAGUCGAAUCUAAUACACACAUUAACAGCAAAUGACUUUCUUCAAUGCGAGCUUCUGGAUACUCUGGAAUUAGCCAACAAUCAAAUAACCAGUUUAAACAACUCGCUCAUUCCCCUAAAACGCCUGACCAACUUGAAAAUGGAAUACAACCAGCUAACUGAGUUUUCGUUCAGCGAAAUCGUGGGCUUGGAAAGGCUUAUCACGCUGGAUCUCUCGUAUAACCAGAUCUCCAAGUUGGUAGGACCAGCAUCGAAUCUAGUUGAACCAAACAUCCGGCUAACCGACCUAAAUUUAGAGCACAAUUCGUUGGAGGUGUUAAACGCAGCCCUGAGCGGGCUUUCUGAACUGCUGCGCUUAAAACUCGCUUACAACAAGCUGAAGAGGAUUUCGCCCGAUGAUUUCAUCAACUUGGACCAGCUGAGAUUGCUGGAUAUUUCGCAUAACCAGCUGAAAACUCUGGAGGAAAUGAGUCAGACGUAUUUGCCCAGGCUGGUGGAACUGAACGCCACUCAUAACCAUCUCACAAUAUUGGAUCGAGAUUUUCAUGGGCUUCCCGUUCUAUGUGAUGCUGAUCUAUCCAGCAACCAGAUUUCCGCGAUAGGACGAGAACUAGUGACGAAAACUAGAUGCAAAAUUGAGCAUGGGGUCCAUGAUGGCACAUGGGGUACUCUGAAGGUGGUUCUAACAGAUAAUCCGAUUCUGUGUGACGCUGCGCUUCCUGAAAUUACAGCGGAGAUGGAAACAUACCACACUAAAGUCACGGGGGUUUCCUAUUGUCCACCCCUUAACGAACAACCGACUACUGCCAAAGCUAACGCAUAUCUCGGUUUUCUACCAGAUCCAACUGUACCAAGUGUUCCAGUGAUACCACCACUCUAUGCAAAGUCUGCCUACGAUUCCUCCUUAAUUCUUACAAAAACCGAACGCCUGGAAACACCCAAUCAAAUAGAAACCAAACCAUACCCGGUUCUAAGGGACUCUCCGGCAGACCAAAAAAGGGCUGAUCAGUUUCAAAACCAACAUGUCGACAACUAUGAAGGACGGCAAGCAGAAGUAAUCCAGCAAACCCUCAACGAUCAACCGAUAGCAAUCACGUUACAUAAGUCCGCACCAUCGUAUAACGUAACUCCAGAAGUGGUGGACCCCAAAGUGAAUAUUUCCACAACGAUUUUCGACCCCAUUACCCAAGGCCAGGUGAUUAACAAGUUAGCGUCAGAAAUUGAAGAACUGAAGAUACGAAUAGAAGAAAUCAGCGCUCAAAACGAACGAUUCUUCAACAAGACCAUGCUGGAACAAAGCAAUCUAACGGUGAAGGUGCCUUGAAGGAGUCUUAGUGUCUGAGCUAAUUUAUUUCCUAGUCAUUUCAGUAACGUUUUUGUUGUUAAAAGGAAUUUUGAUUGACAUCCAGUAAAUUUCGAUCUCUACACCGACCUACCAGGACCGCGUUUCUGGGGAUUAUAAUGUGGGUGCGCACAGUAUUCAGUAUCAGUAUCAAGAACUUUGUUAGCUGAAUAUUCAACGAAUUCACCGUUUAUGAUCACGAUUUUAUUUAUACAUCGCGACCUUCUGUAGGUGCCUAGACCAUAAUUUUUGUAUAAAUUAUUUAUUUACUAGCGGGGGCCAAGUUAAUGUUUUAAUGCUAAUAACAAAACUGAGAUUUAGAAAAAGUAUUGGCGGAUAAAGACCAAACUUUUUAUAACACUCGACAGGCAGCAAGCAAGAUAGAUUUAGAUGUACAUAUUUCAAAUAUAAUUCUAGUUCUAGAACAGUACGUAUUAAUUUUAUAGAUUGAAGUGAAUAAAAACUUAACAUUC